AUGACCAGAACAAGAACAACAUCGAACAAAAUUGAGGCAUCAACGAGAAAGCGGCUACCUCAACGGAUUGGGAAAACACAAGUUGCACUAUUGGUUCGUUUCCUCAAUCUCGAACCCCGAUUCAUCUCCUCUUCUCCUUUGGCUGAAUGGCGGUCCGGUGACUCUUCAAUGUACGGAAUGUUCUAUGAGAAUGGGCCAUAUCUUUUGAAUCCUGAUGGAAAAACGCUCAGAGAAAACCCGGUUUCUUGGAAUAAAUUUGUCAACAUUUUGUAUAUCGAAUCACCGGUUGGAGUGGGGUACUCAUAUUCCGAUGAUCCGAAUGAAAAUGCGACUCUAAGUGAUGACAAUUCAAUGGAGGAAAACUACGCGGCUCUGUCCGAUUUUGUCAACAAUAUCUUUCCCGAAUUUCAACAACGAGAUCUUUACGUGAUUGAUCAUCGAUGGAGUACAAAGGGAGAGUUGCCUGUAAAGUUCAAGGGAAUGGCCACAGCAAACGGCCUGAUCGACUACAGUCACAAUAUCAACAGUAUGAUGCAUAUUUUGUACUUUCACGGAUUAAUGCCUUUUAGUGCUUACUCGAAUCUCCUCGAUACUUGCUGUCCGGUUAGAUCAAACGAAUUUGAGUGCAAAUUCUCGGAACAUAUCGAUUGGCCGACUUUCCCGACUCCAAAAUACCAAAAUGAUUCCUGUUUCGAUACGCUCGUUUCUCUGGUGCUGAAGUAUUAUCUUGGAUCACCGAAUAAUGGAUAUCAAAUCUAUCAGGAUUGUUAUCAACAGCCGGUGAAACCUGGUGUACAGAACAACACAUAUCCCCUUUCAUCUAAUGAUCCUUUUUUGGGAUACUGGUGCUUUAUGGAUGAUUCAUUGAGGACUUACAUGAGACAAAACAUUGAAGACAAAUACACGAAGCAACGCUUCACCAUGAGACCGUACUUCGAUAAGGCGAUAGAAGCGAAGGUCAAGAGUCUAAUCUAUAAUGGUGACACCGAUCUCCAUUGUAAUCAUUUGGGCGCUGAAUGGUUCGCCGAUGAAGUUGCUACAGGAAACAAUCUUCCAGUGAAACAAUCGAGAACCGAAUGGUACUAUCAACUUGAUCGAGAAUAUCAGAAACGAAUGGCUGGAUAUCAGAUAAAAUAUGGGGAUUAUUUGGAUGUGAUCACAAUAAAGGGAGCAGGUCAUGUCUCAGGCGCCGAUCGGCCAGCCCAACUCUUCCAGUUGAUCUAUAAUUUUGUGAAUGGAAACGACUACAGUACACCUGUCAUUGUUGAUCCAGUUGAUCCAACUUCGACACCGAAAGCUGCCACUCAUUCACUAUUUUUCUUUGCACUCUUUGUGAUCUUUUUCUAUCACGGGUAUUAUGCA